AUGGCCUCUACAAUUAGCCUCCUGCCCGAGAAACACUUCUUGUGCUCUCUGUGUAGAGACAUCUUCACCAGCCCGGUGACCAUACCAUGUGGACACAGUUUCUGCUUAUCCUGUCUCAGCCACUACUGGACACGACACCAGUCCAAAUACUGCCCCCACUGUAAGAGACUGUUUACAGACAAGCCUGACCUCAGCGUCAACCGCAUUCUGGCAGAAGUCUCACACAACUACAGGACGGCUCGACCACAGAAACCACCUGAUGAGGAAAUGGUUAUAGAUGUUGAGCAAAUGAUUCAGGAAAGGCUGCAGAAGAUAGAAAGGUUGAAAUAUUCUCUCGAGCUCCAAAAGAACUCCUACCUCAGAGAAGUGCGAGAGAGCCAGAAGGUCUUUUCUGCCCUCGUACAUGCUAUGGAAAAAAAUCACAAAGCGGUGGUUGAUGCAAUUGAGGAGAGACAGAGAGAGGAGGAUAAAAAAGUAGAAACAUUGGUGAAAGAGAUCGAACAGGAGAUCCAGGAGCUGAGGAAGGAGACCACUGAACCUGAACAUAUUGGUGACUGGCUACAAACAGUGAAAACUUUUUUUCAUGUCAUGCAGAACAUUGUUCCCACAAUAUGCCCCUCUGAGAUGAAGGAUUGGUCCAAGGUUACCAUAGAAACUGACCCUUGUGUUGGGGUUACCAGACGAGCACUGGCAGACAUAAUGGAAAAGAUAAAGGUAGAAGUCAACAGGCUCUCCAAAUCUGAACUUAAACGAAUAGAGAAAUACACAGUGGAUGUCAAUCUGAGCGCUAAGACAGCCCACCCCUUCCUCUCUGUCUCAGAUGACAGAAAACAGGUGAGACACACGGACAAGCUUCAGGAGGUACCAGAUAACCCCAAGCGGUUUGACCGCGUGGCGAACGUGCUGGCCAAAGAAAGCCUCAGCAGUGGCAGGUGCUACUGGGAGGUGGAGGUCGGGGAGAAGAUCGAGUGGAAUCUGGGUGUUGUCAGACAGUCCAUAAACAGGAAGGGCAAGUUCACUGUCUGCCCUGCAAAUGGUUUCUGGACUUUAAGCCUGAAAGCUGGAGGCCAGAUUAUUGCCAACACCUCUCCUGUCACGCCAUUGGCACUCGAGCAGAGACCAUGGAAAGUGGGCGUGUUUCUGGACUACACAGAAGGCCGUGUGUCCUUCUACUGCGCAGAAUCUGGAGUCCACAUUUACACCUUCACAGAUACAUUUACUGACAGGCUUCAUCCGUUCUUCAGUCCUGGUCGCCUGCAUGGCGGCAAAAAUAGUGCUCCCCUAAUCAUCUCUUCUAGUUUCUGCAGCAUUUAA